CCACGACAAAGGUCUGUUCCUUUUUGAGUUUUUUCAAAUUAAUCGAGCUUUCUUUAUAUUUAAUUUCAUUUUAAAGAUUCCGAUGCUAACUCCGAUUCACACAGAGCUUGAGCUUUCAUGGAACUCGACUCUCCCCGCUUGAAGGACGUAAUCCGGUGCGGUGGCGCAUCUGGGUUCGAUCACCUACUGUUACUCGCAGGCAAAGCGGUGGCCACGCCGAAUUCAGCUGUGGAGUUGCCGCUAACCGCCGAGAAUGUAGAGAUUGUAUUGGAUGAAGUUCGACCAUAUCUCAUUGCAGAUGGAGGGAACGCGGCAUUGCACGAAAUUGAUGGGAGCCGUUUAAUGGAGAAGAUACCUGAAAUAGUUGCGCAGGAGCCAAUAACAGAUGAAGAGAGUGGCUUGAGCUGAAUGAAGGGAAUAUAGAGAAGGUAAUUACGUUGAAAUCUCUGGGCUUCUUAAUUUACUUCUCAUUUCUUUUAUUCAUAACGGCAAAUCAUAUUCAUUUUAUAUCAACAUUUGAAUAAGCUUCAAAUCUUGUGGAAGUAAUUCAAAUGGAAACCAUUGAUUUGAAUCUCUACCGUUAAUUCAUAUAUCGGACUAUGACAGCAUGAUGAACAUUCUU